AUGUCGUACUUGGGGGUCGAUGUAGGAUCUGGAUCUGUAAGAUGCAUGCUUAUGGCAGAAAACUAUAGGGCUACGCAGUCACGAGAGAUAAGCAUCAACUACAACCAUGAAAAUAGAGCAAUAGUGACUCAAUCGUCUCGAGAAAUUUAUAAAGCAAUAGAAGAGUCUUUCCGGCAUUUGUUGAAACUGUCACCAGUUAAAGCUAUAGAUGGCAUAAGCGUUACAGCUACGUGCUCAAUGGUGGUCCGAGAGGUUAUAGACGAAGAAGGAACCAAAAUGGUUCUUGGUCCAUACAAUGGUGAUCAGGACAUUAUCAUGUGGAUGGAUUCAAGAAGUAGUGGUGAAUGUGAAAAAUUGAAUGGACUUGUUCCAAAAGACAAAUUGCUGUUUGUGGGUGGAAGUUAUAUCCCCGAGAUGGGAUUGCCGAAGCUCAAGUGGUUAAGUGAUCAUACAGACAAGCAAUUGAUGUGCUUUGAAUUGUACGACUGGAUAUCUCAUCUCCUCAUUGUUGGCAAUGGUGAAACUGUACCAUAUAAUCAUUCGUAUGGAACUGAUGAUGUGGCAAUGGACGGCUCGAUCAAGGGUUGGUCUGAGGACUUUUUGAGCCUGGUGAAAAUCAGAAAUGGAAUUAGAGUUGGAGGAUAUGGUUUGGACAGACCAAGAGUUAUGCCUCUAGGAAGUGCAAUUGGCACGAUGACAUCCAAACUCUCGGCUAAAUUGGGGAUUUCAGGACAGCCUGCCAUUUACCAUGGCUGUAUAGACUGCUAUGCUGGCUGGGUGUCUACAAAUCCUGAAAUUCUCGAGCGAGAGGUUGAUGGCACGCUCUCGAUGAUAGCAGGAACCUCGACUUGUUUUGUGUUGCCCACAAGUUCUUCCCAGGCUAAACCAAUAGACGGAAUAUGGGGACCAUUCUGGCAACUUUUGCCCAACAAAAGGGUAUAUUCAUUUGGUCAACCGGCCACUGGAAAGCUUUUUGAGGACUUGUUUCGCGAGUUUAACGAUCUUAUCGGAGACCACAAUAAUUUCGAAUUUGUUGAAAGGGAAACCCGGAAAAUAGAGCUAGAGCACAACCAAACCAUCAACAGCCUUAUCCGUUGCUAUUUCUACUAUGGAGACGUUUAUGGCAAUAGGAGUCCAUACAAUGAUUUUUCCAUGAGCGAGGCAUUCAUAGACGGUGCCAAUUCUUCCAUUCUUCAAGCUUCUCUUUUGCGGGAUCACACUAUAACCAGUCUUGUGGUUCGCUACAACUUGAUCUUAGAGUUUCUUGCCUUUCAAACCGAGCAAAUUAUCAGAAACAUUCAAAAUGAGUCCAUUGACCAAGUCGAAGUUAGUGGUUCUCAGGCUGCAAAUGCCCGGUUUAUGCAAUUGUUAUCUACGGUACUACAAGUUCCAGUAAUUUCCACCCCAGCAUCCAGCCACUACCAGGUAGUGGAGGGUUCAUGUCUCAUAGCCAUGUGGGGACACCGAUUGCAAAAAGAUCUUGGGUACCGAAAAGAAAUUCGCGAGCCGCGACUAAAAAAAAUAUACGACCCAGCACAAGGUGCUAAUUCGGAGUUGUUGCGAACCAAAUCUAAACUUGUUGAGCAGUUUAGUAAGCUCCAAAUAAUAUUUCGCCAUCAAAUGGAGUCGUUUCCAAAAGCUGUCGAGUCUUCAAAUGAGGUAUCCCACUAG